AUAUAUAGUUUUUAUUAAUAAAUGUAUAUUAUAAAUGAGGCUCUGGAUGCCGUGUAAACUAACCCCUCUGCAUAAAGCUUCAUAAUAUAUCAUUUGUAUUAAUAAAUGUAUAUUAUAAAUGAGGCUCUGGAUGCUGUGUGAACUAACCCCUCUGCAUAAAGUUUCAUAAUAUAUAGUUUUUAUUCAUAAAUGUCUAUAAAUGAGGCUCUGGAUGCUGUGUGAACUAACCCCUCUGCAUAAAGCUUCAUAAUAUAUAGUUUUAUUAAAAAGUUUCUAUUAUAAAUGAGGCUCUGGAUGCCGUGUGAACUAACCCCUCUGCAUAAAGCUUCAUAAUAUAUAGUUUUUAUUAAUAAAUGUAUAUUAUAAAUGAGGCUCUGGAUGCCGUGUGAACUAACCCCUCUGCAUAAAGCUUCAUAAUAUAUAGUUUUUACCAAUAAGUUUCUAUUAUAAAUGAGGCUCUGGAUGCCGUGUGAACUAACCCCUCUGCAUACAGCUGGCCACUAGGGGGCAGUGCCACACACGUCCUCUACUCUACUGUUCUCCACUGGGCCUGAGUCUCCUCAGUGGGACCUCGGCAUGUUAUUUAAUAUGACCUCUGGUGACCUCUGGUGACCCCUGAACUUUUAAACAACACUCUGGUGAGAGGUCAGAAUACCUGCAGCGCUGACGCCGUGAGAACACACCUGUUCACCUUCAGGCCUUAAUGGUUGUUAUCCGGCUCGUUAGGAGGGUGAGGGAACAAUUUGGUCAUUUGAGAACAUUAAUUAUUAAUUUAUUUAGACGCCGAAAUACUGAAGUGAAGAAACGAGUGUCGUAGAGUCGUUAAGGGGAGGGUUUAUCAUUAUGAGGGCAGGAAGGAGACUCCAUCCGUACAUCACACUGUGUGUGUGUGUGUGUGUGUGUGUCAACAAUGAGUCGGUCCGGUUGAGCCCAUUCCCAAAGUUGACUUUAAAGGUCUUCAGAGGGGCCGGCGGCCCUCAUGACCAUGUGACCUGAGCCAGUGCUCGAGAAUGAACUGUCAAUCAAUCAAUCGACUUAGUGGCGGAUCAAUUAUCCAUCGAUCAGAUGCAUGAAUCGAGAAUCGUGGUUGAACUGGAAAGUUGUUGGGAGGUUUCUUAAAGUGCCACAAAGACUCUUUAACGCAAAGAGCAGGAGGUCCCGCCCCCCUCGCUCUGAUUGGCUGUCUUUGAGCUCACCUAGCCUCUCUGGCCAAUCACGAGUCCUCCCUCCCCCUCCAUGUCCCGCCCCCUGAAGCCUCCCGUCCUCCGUCCGCGUCGCUGCCGCUGCACUCCGCUCUCCACCGGCCGGCCUUUCUGUCGGGGGCUCAGGGAGAGUGUGUGUGUGUGUGUGUGUGUGUGUGUAAGGUAGUGUGUGGGUGUGUGAGUGUGUGUGUGUGAGAAGAUUUUAAGACAGAGGAGGAGUUGUGUGUUUGAGUUUGUUGCGUAACGGGAGACAGUUCAGGGAAGUGAUGAUGAUGAAGCUGAUGAAGGGCUUCCUCCAGCCUCCGCGGGCUCAGGUGAGCCCGGGGCUCCCGACCCAGUGCUAGCCAUGCCGCGUCUCCAGGAGCCGACGUCCUCCACGCUGCAGCUGGUCGACCACGACGACCACGCCGCGCCGGACGCCGCCAUGGACAAGCUGGACAGCCGAGAGCUGGACCUGGAGGACGGGGAGUACGACACGGCCGACGCCCACAGCUCAUCCGAGCGCCUCCCCUUCACCGCCGUGUACCACGCCGUGGGCUUCAAGGAGGCCGAGGCCCACGUCUUCCUGUCCUCGCCGGUCACCGCAAAGAUCCUGGAGGUGGAGCGCUUCAUGUCGGCCCAGGACCGCUUCAACCUCACGGCGCAGAGGAGCGUCAACAAGGCGUUGCCGGCGGUGUUCAAGAUCGAGAUGAAGCACGGGGAGUUCAGCUGGCUGGUGAAGAGGAAGGAGAAGCACUUCAUGGACCUCCACCGCGAGCUCCGGACCUACAAGACCUUCAGGAAGCUGCCGCUGCCCUCCAGGAGCCACACGGUGAAGAGGCAGUCGGCGCCGAGCAGCGAGGGCAGGCAGAUACCAGACCUCCCCAAAGGGGGCGCCGACGAGCUGGAGCAGGACGGGCAGAUCUCGAGUCGCCGGAAACAACUAGAGGAUUACCUGAACAACCUGCUUCAGAAGCCGAUGUACCGGAACUACCACGCCACGGUGGAGUUCAUCGACGUCAGCCAGCUCUCCUUCAUCCACGACCUGGGACCCAAAGGCCUAGAAGGGAUGGUGCUGAAGAGAUCCGGCGGCCAUCGGAUCCCCGGCUUGAACUGCUGCGGUCGCAGCCGGAUAUGUUACCGCUGGUCCAAACGCUGGCUGGUGGUGAAGGACUCCUUCCUGCUCUACAUGAAGCCAGACUCCGGCUGCAUCUCCUUCGUGAUGCCGUUUGAUAAAGAGUUCAGCAUCAAGAUGGAUUCCAGAGACACGGAGACCAAGUACGGCGUCCGCAUCGACAGCCUGUCCAGGUCUCUGGUGCUGAAGUUCACCAGCUACCGACACGCCCGGUGGUGGGGUCAGGCCAUCGAGGGCUUCGUCCAGAAACACGGCUCGGCGUUCCUCAAAGACCACCGCUUCGGCUCCUUCGCCCGGGAGGAGGUGAACAUUCCCACCAAAUGGUAUGUGAAUGGACGAACAUACAUGGAGGACGUUGCUAACGCUCUUGAAGAAGCCAAGGAGGAAAUAUUCAUCACAGACUGGUGGUUGAGUCCAGAGAUCUUCCUGAAGCGGCCGGUGGUCGAGGGGAACCGCUGGCGUCUGGACUUUGUGUUGAAACGCAAAGCGCAACAAGGCGUGCGUAUCUUCGUGAUGCUCUACAAGGAGGUGGAGUUAGCGCUGGGCACCAACUCUGAAUACAGCAAGAGGACGCUGCUGAUGCUCCACCCCAACAUCAAGGUGAUGCGUCACCCCGACCACGUCUCCUCCGCCGUUUACCUGUGGGCGCAUCACGAGAAGAUUAUCGUCAUCGACCAAUCGGUGGCCUUCGUCGGGGGCAUCGACUUGGCGUACGGUCGCUGGGACGACCUGGAACACCGGCUGACGGACGUCGGGAGUGUUACACUCUCACACCUGGAGCAGGCGGAAACGGCCUCUUCCAACAUGGCCGCCCCGGCUAACGGCGGCGGCGCCCAGACCAACGGGAGAGCCAUCUUCACGGUGACGGACUCGGUGGACCAGCCCAGGCUGAAGGGUCAGGGGAGGAUGAAGAGGACCCGGUUCAGCAUCAGGAGACAACUGCAGAAACACGGCCUGACGCAGGCCGACAGCGACAGUGAGCUGGAGGAAGAAGAGACGGCUCGGUGCGUAGCCUGCAGACGGGCGUCGGCGAGCUGUUGGGCAACACGCGGUUCUGGCACGGGAAGGACUACUGCAACUUUGUGUUCAAGGACUGGAUCCAGCUGGACAAGCCGUUCGACGAUUUCAUCAACAGACAUACGACUCCCAGGAUGCCGUGGCACGACAUCUCCUCGGUGGUCCACGGGAAGGCGGCGCGGGACGUGGCCCGACACUUCAUCCAGCGCUGGAACUUCACCAAGGUCAGAGCUGGUGAAGCCGAAGUACCGCUCCCUGUCGUACCCGUACCUGCUGCCCAAGUCUCACACCACGGCCGAAGAGCAGCGCUACCAGGUGCCCGGCUGCACCCACGCCAAAGUGCAGAUCCUCCGCUCGGCGUGUGAUUGGUCGGCAGGUAUCAAAUACCACGAGGAGUCGAUCCACAACGCCUACGUUCACGUGAUCCAGAGCAGCCGCCACUUCAUCUACAUCGAGAAUCAGUUCUUCAUCAGCUGUGCAGACAACAGACACGUGUUCAACAAGAUAGGAGACGCCAUCGCAGAGCGCAUCAUCAGAGCAUACAAGGAGGGUAACCGGUUCCGGGUGUACGUGGUGACGCCGCUGCUGCCGGGCUUCGAAGGAGACAUCAACACCGGAGGAGGCAGCGCCAUCCAGGCCGUCAUGCACUUCAACUACAGGACCAUGAACAGAGGAGACCAGUCCAUCAUCUCCCAGCUCAAGAGAGAGAUGGGAGACCUGUGGAUCAACUACAUCUCCAUCGCCGGCUUGAGGACGCACGCCGAGCUGGAGGGGAAGUUGGUCACCGAGCUCAUCUACGUCCACAGCAAGAUGCUCAUCGCCGACGACAACACCGUCAUCAUCGGUUCUGCCAACAUCAACGACCGCAGCAUGCUGGGAAAGAGGGACAGCGAGGUGGCGGUGAUCGUGGAGGACUCGGAGACGGUUACCGCGGUGAUGGACGGGCAGGAGUACCAAGCGGGAAGAUACGCCCUGAAGCUCCGCCUCGAGUGCUUCAGGAUGAUUUUGGGGGCCAACACCGACACCUCCAUCGACGUGUCGGACCCCCUCAGCGAUCACUUCUACAAGGAGGUGUGGAUGGCGACCUGCGCCCGCAAUGCCUCCAUCUACCAGAAGGUCUUCCGAAGUCUGCCGUCCAGCGACGUGCGGAACAUCCUGGAGCUGGACGGGUUCCUCGCCAAGCCGGGCCUGGAGAAGGAGGACCCGGCCCGGGCCCAUGAGGAGCUGAAGAAGAUCCGCGGCUUCCUGGUCCAGUUCCCCCUCCAGUUCCUGAGCGAGCAGAACCUGCUGCCCCCCAUGGGCUCCAAGGAGGCCAUGGUGCCCAUGGAGGUCUGGACCUGAAGACCAAGUGCCCCUGGAGGUCUGGACCUGAGACCUGGAGGUCUGGACCUGAGGCCCUGGAGGUCUGGACUUGAGGACCUGGAGGUCUGGACUUGAGGACCUGGAGGUCUGGACUUGAGGACCUGGAGGUCUGGACCUGAGGACCUGGAGGUCUGGACGUGAGGACCUGGAGGUCUGGACCUGAGGCCCUGGAGGUCUGGACCUGAGGACCUGGAGGUCUGGACUUGAGGCCCGGGCCUCUGUGCGUUAACGUGUUCACGGGAGGUUAAACAGAACAAACUCUGGAGUCAUUUUGGAGGUCACAGCGGCUGAAACUGCCUUUUUUAAACAUUUUUUUAUUUGUCUUAAUUUACUCCUUUUAAUGUAUUUAGUCUAUAGUUGCGUUUAAAAUAACUAACAGCUGAUGACAUGUUGGCUUCGCACUACAAAAGGCCACACACCAAGAUUUCAUCCCAAUAGGAUCAAUAAAAAAUAAAAAUAAAAUACCAUUUUCCUUUUUUAAAGGAACAGUGUGUGGGUUUGCAGAUUACAAUUAUCUGCCAAUUGAAUCACAUGUUGAUAAUAUAAUGCAUAAUUAAUCCAUCUAGAUUGACAAUAACAAGCGCAUGCUGACUAAAAUGUACUGCACUCAAGUACUUAAUUAAAUUUUCAUAUAGUUUCAUAUAUGCUAUUUAUUUAUUUAUGUACAUAAAACAAUGGCGGAGUCCGAGAAGAAGACCUGCUCCUUAAGUAGACAUAAACAACUCAUUUUAAUUUCAUUCUAGUUUCAGUUGGUUAAACACUGAAGAAAAACAUUCUUUUAAAUAGAAAAUUAUUUUUCCGCGGAUGGAUCCCCUUAAAUAAAACACGCUGGCCCUUUAAGAGGAAUGUCUGUGGCCACAGCUGAUGGAGGUUUUAGCUGCUAAUUGAUUUCCAAAAUGGCGUCAGGCUGAGGUCGUGAAGAGCCGCCAGACACACAGACACCGACUCUGUGCUGAUGCGUACACAUGUUGUUGUUUUUAAAACGACAAACACAUGUACACAAACAAACAUGGAGAGGAGUCGACCAGCAGGUGGAGAGUUGACCUCUACGUUGACCUCUACGUUGACCUCUACGGAGCCUCACAAGAAGGAUCUAUAGAUGAAUAAAAGUGAUGACUCUGAGUCCUGACACGCCCCCUCCUGACAUGCCUCUUCAUGCCCCGCCCCCUCCUAACAUGCCCCCUCCUGACACGCCUCGUUAUGCCCCGCCCCCUCCUAACACGCCUCCUCCUGACACGCCUCUUCAUGUCCCACCCCCUCCUGACACGCCUCUUCAUGUCCCGCCCCCUCCUGACACGCCUCUUCAUGCCCCGCCCCCUCCUGCCCCGCCCCCUCCUGAUACACCUAUUCAUGCCCCGCCCCCUCCUGACACGCCUCGUUAUGCCCCGACUCCUCUUGACCCCUCCCCUUCCUGACUCCUCCCCCCCCCACACCAAACCACCCGGCUUUCGCUCUACAGUUCUGCAACACUAUGCAACGUCGAGCGGCCGGCGAACGCAGCUCCGACUCUUCUGUGUUUUACAGGUUUGAAAAGACACCGAAAGAAACGGACUUCGACGAAGACGAGGAGGAAGAGCUGUCGGCCAUUUUGCCUCUGAAGCUUUUUGUUGAAACGGUUAAAUCACAAGUGCCAAAGAUGAAAAGACUCGAAUGAAGCGUUGCCGAUCUGUUUGAAACUUUUACGAUGCUGCGUUUCAUUAACGUCAACAAGCGGGAGCCACGUUUAUUUAAAUUGGGUCACGUUUGAGUUCCUGUCAGCACCUUUUUGUUUCUGCUGCCCCCUAGUGGCCUAAACACAAAUCUAUUAUUGCAGCUUUAAGAUAUUUAUUAGUGCAGGUCUACGGUUUUGUAGUUUUAAGUUCAACACUCAUCUGGAAAGCUAGGACCGAUGUCGAGCAGCCUUCAGCGUGAACUCAACGUCGGAUCGUCUGAAUCUGAAUAAAAAGUCGCAGCUUUUUCCCGACGUUUCUUGAACGCAGCAUCGAUGUUCCUCGGCGUCUUCCUUUAAACACGAGAGAUCAAAAGCAUGAACCUUGCAAGCUGAGUUUCCUUUUUUUAAAUCUGUGGACGCGGACGCUCCCGUCUACGAGCCGCGAUCCUCCACCUUUAAACUUCUGUUUUUAUUGAUGGGACCUUUGUAACAUUCCUCUCUACCUCCAUGUGUUCCGACCUCCUGUGCUGUAAAGUCCUCUGAAAAGGCAAACAAUGACUUUUUAAAUCUUAAAACAAACUUUAUUGACAUGCAAAACUCUCCAGAGAUACAGGAUUACAUCAUCAGCAAAGCAGUUGGUUUCUAUGCAUGCGUAAUAACUGAAUUUAACCACGGAAAUAUUGAUAUGAAUAUUGUUUUAGCUCAAUUCUUAAUGAUCGGGAACACAGGCAUCCUUUCCUCUUACAUUUUCCUCUAAUCUCUGUGUCUCUAUGAAAAAUGCACUAUUUGCACAGACUUGUCGUCUCAGUAAAUUAUCUACACGUCAUUCGUCGUUUUGUGUGUGAAAUGGAUGGAAUUAAAUACAUGAUGCAAUAAUAAAUCAUUAAAAGCUUUA